GGAGAGAAACCUUAUGAAUGUAAUGAGUGUGGUAAAGCCUUUGCAGAAAACAGUACUCUCUUAAACCACAAAAGAACACACACUGGAGAGAAACCUUAUGAAUGUACCCAGUGUUGUAAAGCCUUUGCACAAAACAGUCAUCUCAUAAGCCAUAAAAGAAUACACACUGGAGAGAAACCUUAUGAAUGUAAUGAGUGUGGUAAAGCCUUUGCAGAAAACAGUAAUCUCAUACGGCAUAAAAGAACACACACUGGAGAGAAACCU